CCUUCUCCUUGCACUAAUCCACUUCCCCGAAACGGCAGGAGCGAGCGGUUACCCUUUCCCAAGUUUGUCGCGCUCGCGCCCGAACGCUCCCGGCUGACGGCUGGGUCCAGCGGCCGAUGGGUUUUUAACGUCACCUUCCCUCCCCAUGGCCAGGGGAGGCCGGAGUAGGCGCUGGUAAACAUCGCCAACAACAACGACGCACGCAGCCGCAGCCGCAGCGGGGGGAGAGGAGGUGGUGGCAUUGGCAAGCAUCACCACCCGCAAUAACAACGACGACGGCGCCAGCAGUCCAGCACCAACCACCACUUUUUUCGAGGGAAGGCACGAACAGGCACAGGCAGGCGCGCGGCACGGGGUAGGAACCCGUCGCGAUUGGCCCGUCCGACGACGAACCGGUCGCGGGCCUCGUGCCCGUGGUGGAUCUGACUCCACCUGCGCGCGGUCGCGGUCGCGGGCGCCUUGCUUCCCCCUCCCCCGCUCAUCGCCGCGGCGUCCACGGGGCAAUUUCCAUCCGCGGGGCGCCGCCGUGUCGACUCCAUCUUCCUCGGCGGUCAAUGCGGGCGCGGAGAUGAGAGCCGGCGGCGGGGAGGAGGAAGAGGAGGAGGAGGUGUUCUACGAGUCGCGAGACCGCGUGCUCUCCUCCUCCUGCUCCUCCACCUCCGCCUCGGACGAUGACGACAACGACCACCCGCGACGGCGACGGGACGGGGCCGCCUCUGCGGCGGCGGCGGCGCUCGACGUGUGGACGUCGGAGCCGGCGCCCGUGCAGGAGCGGCGCCGGAAGCUGCUCCAGAUGAUGGGGCUCGCCGGGGACCCCGCCCUAGCGCGCCUCGAGAUGGGCCGAUCGGUCUCCUACGACGGGCCCGUCCGCCCGGCGCCGGCCUCGCCCAUCCCCCGAUCCAGAUCAGACGGCGCCGUGCCGGUCUCGUCGACCAAGCCCCCGCUGGGCGGGCGGUCGCGCCAGGCGUCGUCGGGCUCCUCCGAGGCCACGCCCGAAGGGGAGGACGCUGGCCCGAGGUGCCUAAUCCGGAACCUCGACGACGGCACCGAGUUCGUGGUCAAGGAGGAGUUCCAGCUCCGCGAGGUCGGCACGGGCCGCCACUUCACCAUGGAGGAGUUUGUUGACCUCUGCGUAGGCUGCUCGCCUAUCGUCCAGGAGCUCAUGCGACGCGAUAACGUGGGGAGCUCCGGCUCGAACAACGGCGCGUCCACCCCCAUCCAGAGGUCCAACUCCGACUCCAGCAACGGGGCUACGCGCCACCGGCGGCACAGCAGCUGGCUUCGGAGCCUUCGAAACGUUGCCGGCUCCAUGGCGGUCACCUCCCGCGACCGCCGCAGCAGCGACGAGAAGGACACGUCCUCGGAGAAAGGCGGCCGCCGGUCCAGCUCAGCGACGGAUGACAGCCAGGACAGCGCCGGAGCCUCCGUGCACCAUGGCCGGGUGCGCGUUAAGGUGAGGCAGUCUGGGAAGUCGUACAAGGAGCUCAGUGGCCUGUUCAUGAACCAGGAGAUUCAGGCUCACAAUGGGUCCAUCUGGAGCAUCAGGUUUAGUCCAGAUGGCCGGUACCUCGCGAGUGCUGGGGAAGACUGCGUGAUCCAUGUCUGGGAAGUGUCCGAGUUUGAGAGGAAACGCGAGGAGAACGGACUGUGCAAUCCUCUUGUUGCCAUGGCGUGCAACGGUUCACCGGAGACAACAUUAGCCUUGGCCAGCAGUCUGGAUGGGAGCAAUCGUGAGAAGAAGCGUCGGGCAAGGUUCUUGGAGGGUCGUAGGUCUGUGAGCUCAGACCGGCUAAUGGUGCCAGAGCAUGUGUUUGCACUGUCAGAAAAGCCGAUUCGGACCUUCGUGGGGCAUUCAGAAGAUGUGCUUGAUCUCUGCUGGUCCAAAUCCCAGUACUUACUUUCAUCUUCAAUGGAUAAAACGGUGAAGUUGUGGCACAUUUCGAGCGCUUCCUGUCUAAAAACAUUUUCACACAGUGACUAUGUGACAUGCAUCCAGUUCAACCCUGUUGAUGAUAGAUACUUCAUUAGUGGUUCACUGGAUGAAAAAGUCCGCAUAUGGAGCAUUCAAAACCGUGAAAUUGUUGAUUGGAAAGAUUUGCAUGAAAUGGUCACUGCUGCUUGCUAUACCCCAGAUGGACAGAGUGCACUAAUUGGUUCCCAUAAAGGCAGCUGCCAUAUUUAUGAUACAUCUGAUAAUAAGCUUCUCCAAAAGAAACAAAUUGACCUGCAAAAUAAGAAAAAGAAGUCCAGUCAGAAGAAAAUAACUGGAUUUCAGUUUCUCCCAGGGAGUACUUCAAGGGUCCUUAUUACAUCUGCAGAUUCAAGAAUCAGGGUUUUUGAUGGCCUUAAUCUAGUUCACAAGUACAAAGGUUUCCGAAACACUAACAGCCAGAUUUCAGCAUGUUUAGCUGCUAAUGGGAGGUAUGUGAUCUCAGCAAGUGAGGAUUCCCAUGUGUACAUAUGGAGAAACGAUGGUAGCCUUGAAAAAGGCAGAAGCAAGGCGAAUGUUACUGUCACCAGUUCCUAUGAACAUUUCCACUGCCAGGAUGUGACAGUUGCUGUUGCACCGCCAUCUAAUGGCUCAGCAGUGGUAUCCAGAUCAAACUCCACGAAGCACGAUGAGCGGGAUUCUGUAUUGGAGCAUCCUCUGCUGCAUGCUGUCCCUGAAAAACUGCAAGAUUCCUCCGAUCUGCAGCCUCAAAGUGGCAAUAUCCUAAGCACCAGUUCAAAUCACAGCGGUGAUAGAGCAACUUGGCCUGAAGAACUGAUGACGCCAACAAAGCAGAGCCCUCAGUCUAGUGCCAGUCUUCUCAGCGGUGCUGAUCAAGCUCCAUGCUGGUCAGCCUGGGGAACUGUAAUUGUCACAGCAGGCCGUGGAGGUCAGAUCAGAGCAUUUCAGAACUUUGGGUUUCCUGCUCGAGUAUAGUACUGUAGCUAUGAGACCGCUGCCUGGUCUUGGCGUCUGCCCUGCAGCAAGACGGGUGAUUUUUGUGUAUAGAUAGGUGAAAGUUUGGGUGAUCUGCACGCAGUCUGGGACUGGAUUCUGUUGCUGCUCCUAGGUGCACCUGCCUGCGAACUUCAACUAACCUACGACCUGGUACUCAAGGUACGGCGAAUUCGUUUGCCCGGAAUUGUAUAUGAGAAUGGAGCCCGGGAAGGACGAGCGGGCGUCGGCCGGUUGGAGCUAGAUCUUUGGGAUCUUUUUGCCAGCCAUCUUUUCAUCUGUUUUCUCCAUUGAGUCCAGUUUAGCUUUUUCAUUUUUUUUACUUUAUGUUUACCAGCUAUUAUAUAUUUUUGUAAGAAAUCUUAGUUCUACAGAAAUAGAAAAGCAAAAAAGAGUUGCAUACAGUGGUGAAUUCGCUGGACUGGUAUAGCAGGCUUGAGAUGUUAGUGGUACAUGGGUAUAGUAGUAAUUGAGGGACUAGGAGGGUGUGAAAUCUUUUGAGUUCUGAAGCUUUUGGACCUUGCUUCCGGACAAGGCUGGCAGGUGCAUUUCUGUG